AUGGAGUCUCCUGUGCACUCAGGACGCAACCUCGAGGUUCCGAGGACCGUGGAACGUCGUCGCAAGGGCCGUGGGGUCGAUGUCAUGUCGUACCCUACACCCGAGCGUGGACACCUUCCUACGCCUGUCACCGAACGACGCACACUGAAGCGUACCUUUGACGAUGUCACUGCCGACAAGACGGCCGCCGAGGGCAACCACGCCAUCAGUGUCCACCCGCCGACACCUCAAACCCUGCCGCGCAAGCGUGCGUCACCUGGCACUAACAAUGCUGCGCCCUACUCGCCCCCGUCUCCGAGUGGACACACUACCUUCUUCCUUUCACAUGGCUCUACGACGGAGAUCGAGAUCGCCAACGACAAAGCACCACCACGCCGCCGUCCCGGCCUUCUGUUCGCCCAGCAGAUGGGCCUGACAACAGACCCUGCCACGACAUCUGUCAAGUUUGGAGCACGCCUUGGCGUUGGCGUUGGGAUGGGCGGUGGUCUGCGCGGAUCGACGCACGGUCCCGUCGACAAGAUGUCUCUCGACAACCCCUUCCUUGAUGAUGGAUCAGCGGUGGCUGGGCCCUCGAGGUCCGUGAGCGGAAAGCGUCGUCAAACCGCCGGGUCUCCCGGUCGUGAGACGAGCUACGUGCCGCAAGCUGUCCGCCCCGACGCCGAGCGAAGCAUGUCCCCGCUUAUGCGCGACCGUCACCGCGGUGGACCGCUGCGCAUGCUGACGGAGACGCUUCCGGAGUCAAGUCGUGCCGCGAAGCGACAGGAGAUGAUGGACGAGGACAAUCCGUUCGUCGCCAAGCCCGGAGAGAUCCACCGGCCAAAGCCACUGAAUACGGAGAGGGGGCCGUUUGUGACGUAUGUCUUCCGCGGAGCGAAGCGCACAUUUGCGAACCCGUUCGUUCCGCCGAAUGCGCCCUACCCUGCCGCCGACCUGGACGUGAGCGACGUUGACUACGACCCGCACCCGUGCCCGCCACCAAAGCUCCUCUGGCCGACAUCCGACCCCGAGACGUCACCGGCUUCGUCCGCUGCGCCUGUCUCAACACCACGCCGCCGUGUGCUGUCGGACACGAUGGACGUGGACAGCGACGAGGAGCAGAUGCCGGUGCGCCGCGGUCUGCUCUUCGGCGCAACGCCGCGGUCCGAGGAGCACGAGCAGUCUGACGGCUCGGAGGGCUCUGCGCGCAAGCGUCCCCGCUUCAACUUUGGAAGCAACUGA